GACCACUUACAGCGAUGAUGACCAGGCUAAGGAAAGCUAUCAAACACCUUUCAACUGAGGCCAAGUCAUGACUGGUAUAGAAUGUUUAUUCAGACAAGAAAAAUCCCUGAAUCUUAUGUGGGAAUCCUGAGGAUCACGCAUAACCUGGAUCAGGGGUCCACUCCACCUACGGGCCUUGAACAAGACGAACGCGGAGGAAAGUGGCAAGUCCGAGAGCUACAAGUUGAAAGCAUUCUAGUAAACCUAAACCUGGUCCACAUUUAGGACUCUGUCCUUGUAUUCUUUAUUCGUGCAUGUUGGCCCUGUUGCUCUGAACAUUUGUAUUCGUUAAAAUCUGGCUCGUAUCACCGCAACCUUCGUAUCUCAAAUUCUACAACCAUGAACAUUGAUGACUAUUUCCUGUCACCCAUAUAUGCAGGAUCCGACUCGAACUCGACUCGUUUUCGCUUUGAGGCAUAUG